CUAGGUUUUAUUGAAAACGCAGACUGCGUGAUUCUCGCGCAUAGUUGCACACAUUGGUGAUGUCAUCACGCGAUGUUUCCAAUGCUAUGGCGUACCAGGAAGGGGAGACGCUAGAAUCCUGGCUCAAUAAAGCCACCCAUCCAACAAACCGACAGGAGGAUUGGGAGUACAUCAUCGGUUUCUGUGACCAGAUUAAUAAGGAAUUGGAAGGUCCCCAGAUAUCUGUCAGGUUGCUGGUUCACAAAAUCCAAUCGCCACAAGAAUGGGAGGCGCUUCAGGCUUUAACAGUAUUAGAAGCAUGUAUGAAGAACUGCGGGAGAAGGUUUCAUAAUGAAAUCGGGAAAUAUCGGUUUCUGAACGAGCUGAUCAAAGUUGUUUCUCCUAAGUACAUGGGAGACAGAGUACCAGAGAAGGUAAAGACAAAGAUUAUUGAGAUGCUGUACAGCUGGACAGUGGCUUUCCCCAACGAGGCCAAAAUCAACGAAGCAUACCAGACACUAAGGAGACAGGGCCUUGUAACUAUGGACCCUGAGCUCCCAGUGGACAAGACUCUGAUUCCUUCACCCCCCACACGUCCCAAGAACCCUGUGUUUGACAAUGAGGACAUGGGCAAGCUACUAGCAGAGCUUCUGAGGAGCAAAAACCCAGAGGACCUGCAGGAAGCCAACAGGCUCAUCAAGAACAUGGUGAAGGAGGACGAUGUCAGGGUUCAGAAAGUGACCAAACGCAUCCACACUCUGGAAGAGGUGGGUAUCAACGUCAAGCUGCUGAGUGAGAUGCUGUCCCACUACGACAAGGACAGGUCCUCCCAGUCAGACAGAGAGAUCAUCAAGGAACUAUACGACCGCUGCGACAAGUUGAGACGCGCUGCUUUCAAAAUGGCCACAGAGACUGAAGAUAACGACACAAGUUUAGGUGACAUCCUGCAGGCCAGCGAUGACCUCUCACGGGUCAUCAACUCCUACAAGAAGAUUGUCAAGGGACAGACCGUGAAUGGAGACAUCGAGGAUGCUAGAUCUGCAGCUGGUGAAGAGACCACAGGGAACAGUGACAACACAGAGACCUUGAUUGACCUGGCUGGCAUUGACGUUCCAGACUCCACCUCUGCUCCGCCUGCCCCUCUCCCAUUGGUCUCCGAUCCCACUUCAGCCAAUCACCUGGGGUUCCCAAUCCCUGUCUUGCCUCCUCCUCCAAAAAGGUUGGCCGGGUUGCAUGCCAGUCAGAACAGCAGCCCCAGCCACCCAGCCACCGACAAGGCCCUCAACGCUCUCUCUCUCCUUGACGAUGAGCUGCUAUCCUUAGGCCUGAACGAUCCAGUUCCUUCUCUGAACAGCCAAUCAAAACCAACGCUGAAUGAAAUAGCGAAUCCGUGGACCUCCUUACAGGCUCCUGACCCUGGCCUGGACUUGUUUGGCACUAUAGCAGGGCCAGGCCCAGUAUUUCCCCCAGUCCAGCCAGCGCCAGCCCCCGCCACGGCCCCUGCCACCCACAGCCUCCAGGACCUCCAAGACCUGGCCAUGCUGGACUUUGGAGAGCCAAAGAGUUUGCGUGUUGGCGGCGGAUUCGGGAUGGCAGCCUCUAUGGGAGCCGUAGUACCACCCUCCUUGGGGGCCAUGGUACCCCAGGUCCCCCUCUCCUCGACCUCCCUCCUCCCUGGCCCCAUGCCUGGCUCCCCUGCGUUGUCCCACACCAAAGCCCAGACGCUGAGCUCUGCCCCAGGCAGCCCCUGUUCAGCUCCCUCUCCCCCUUCCACCACUCCUCCUUCCAGGGGGCAGCCCAGCCAGGGGCUAGGACCGGAGACCUCCCUGGGCAACGUGCACGUCCCCCUGGAGGCCAUCAGACCCAGUAAAGGGCUCCCUGUAACGGCCUAUGAUAAGGAUGGGGUGCGUGUGCUGUUGAACUUUGCCUCAGACUGUCCCCCUUGCAGACCAGACGUGCUGGUGUUAGUGGUGUCCAUGCUGAACACUGCACCACUGCACGUUCAGAACGUGGUCCUUCAGGCCGCCGUGCCCAAGUCCAUGAAGGUGAAGCUGCAGCCUCCGUCAGGAACAGAGCUGCCUCCCUUUAACCCCACCCUUCCCCCGGCCUCCAUCACACAGGUCAUGCUGCUGGCCAAUCCCCUGAAGGAGAAGGUGCGUCUGCGCUACAAGCUGGCGUUCACUCUCGGAAACAGGCAGUGCUCAGAGGUGGGCGAGGUGGACCAGUUCCCCCCGCCAGACAGAUGGGGUCACCUAUAGCCACCCCCAUACACCACAGAGCUGAGCCAGGACGGGCCAAACCAACACUCCAUGAUGGGGGUGUUAACCACACAUACCCCAGAGAGAGAGAUGAGCCAAGGAGAGGAUAGGGUGGGAGAACUGCUGCAAUGUUACAGUACCAACAUAGUGCUACCUACCAGCCAACCAUUCUGUUUCUUUUAGAUUGUUUUGAUAUUUACCGUCUUUGUAUUUGCCCAGUUGCUAUUGAGACAAUUGUAACUUUGUAAGCAUAAUAUAGCAUACAUGGCACACACUGAAGUUCAAGCCAGUUUUACAAUAGCUUCCAGAGCUUGUAUUGAAUAUUAUUGCAGGACAGCAUCUCAACUGAAGGGAUACAAGUGCUUUUUCCAUGUUUCAGAAAUUGAUACAAAGAUGUGAAGAAGUGUCACUCUUUAUUUGUUAUUAAGUGUGUUUAUUAACUGAGAACAUCUACAAGGUAUUUUAGCAGGCCAGUCAGUCGUCCCUUAUAUACAGCACUGCAGGACAUUUCCUAACAAACGUAGUCCCGCCCACAAGACAUGCUGGCAAAGGAAAUAUAACUAACACUACAUCCAUUAUUAUGACGAGAUGCAUACAUACAGUGUAUAUACUGUGUGUGUGUGUGUAUAUAUAUAUAUAUAUAUAUAUAUAUAUAUAUAU